AUGUGGACAGAGCUUCGUACACUCAUGCGAAAGAGGUUUGCUCCUCCUCAUUACCAUCGUGAAGUAUUUCGAAGAUUGCAGAGUAUACAACAAGGGUCCCGGUCAGUGGAGGAGUACUAUAAGGAGCUUGAAACACUUCUUCUACAAGCUGAUAUCUGUGAAGAUCAGGAGCAAAUGAUGUCUAGAUUCUCAAAUGGGCUUCAAAGGGAUAUUGUUGAUGCGUUAGAGAUGUACCAAUACGUGGACCUCGAAGAGAUGGUACACUUCGCCAUAAAGGUGGAGAAGAAACUAAAAUCAAAGUGGAUGCAAAGUAAUACGUUUAAACUUUCUUCAAUUGUAGGGUUGCCUAAAGCGCAACUUCCACAACAUAUCAAUAAGGGAAAAGAGUACGAAUCCGAAUCAGAAACUGAAAAGGUCAAUGAGGCAAAUUCCUACGACCAGGAAGUUGUAGAAUCCAUACCGGAGUCCAAUUUGACAUUAGUCACUCUCCGAGCUCUUAGCACCCUUCCAAAGGAGGUUGAAGAUAUCGAACAACGCAAAAAUUUAUUCCAUGGAAGGUAUGAGAUUGCGACUAAGUGGCUCAAUAAUUGUAGGGAAAUCAACGUCACCAAACAAGUGUUGGUGGGAAUUGAGCUACAAGGUUACGAGGAUGAGACGUAUGAUGAUGUUUUUUCUGAUGAAGUACCCCAUGAUUUACCACCCACUCGUGGAAUUAAGUUCCAAAUUGAUUUUGUCCCGGGAGCAUCAAUUCCUAAUCGGCCAGCCUAUCGAGCCAACCCAAAUGAGGUAAAAGAAAUACGAAGGCAAGUGGAGGAUCUACUAAGCAAAGAUCUUGCGAAGGUUGCAGCCAUCCAAGAGUGGCCUACACCUACUAGCGUACGUAAUGUCUGCAGUUUCCAUGGCCUUGCAAGUUUCUACCGUCGAUUUAUGCGGAACUUCAGCACUAUUGCAGCACCCUUAACUGCAAUUACCAAAAAAGAGGAUAAGUUUGAGUGGGGAAGUGAACAACAAAAUGCUUUUGAUACUUUGAAAUCGAAACUUACAUGUGCACCCGUACUUGCUUUACCUGGUAUUGACGUCAUCCUCUCACAAGAAAAGAGACUCGUUGUAUUUUUCAGUGAAAAGCUACAUGGCGCUACGUUGAAUUAUUCAACCUACGAUAAGGAAUUGUACUCCUUAGUGUGGGUCCUGCAAACAUGGCAACAUUACUUACGUCAUCUUGAUGAGAAUCUGAAGAGUUGGGAAGAAUGUUUAGCUCAUGCUGAAUUUGCAUAUAACCGUACUAUUCAUAGCUCUACGAAUUGUUCUCAAUUUGAGGUUGUUUACGGUUUUAACCCAUUAACUUCUCUUGAUCUUAUGUCAUUGCCACGCAAUGAGCAUGUUAGUUUUGAUGGUAGAAAAAUGGCUGCAUUUGUCCAACAACUUCAUUCUCAAGUUCGGGAUAACCUACGAAAGACAGCUGACAAUUACGCAAAACAAGCUAACCGUGGGCGCAAGAAAGUUGUAUUCGAGAUAGGAUAUUGGGUUUGGCUACACUUAAGGAAGGAAAGAUUUUCAGAAUUGCGAAAUUCAUAA